AUGGAGAAUUGCAGUAAACGGAUUGAAGAGCUCGUGAGGGGAAAAGGCGGGGAGGUCGAACUGCUCAAGAAUGAAAAUGACUACUUAAUAAAUCAGUUACUAAAAAAUGUUAUGGAAAUUGUGAAACAAACAAACAGACUGACUACAAAUUGUCUCUACGAGAGCAGAGUAGAUGUCAUGUCCAACGAUGAGGAAAUUAAAAAGGUUCAAAGGGAUUUAUUAAAAACGGUGCACGACUUGUUAGUGUACAGUUCUAAUGAAAAAACAAAAAAUUCUCUUACGUGCGAACUGGACGGUGAUCACUUAAACUUAGCUAAUAAUUAUCAUAUAAUAUCGAAUACGCUGUACGAAAUAAUGACCAGGUCGAAGGAUUGUUUUCGAUUCUUUCAUGUUAAGGAUAAGGAAGCCUCCAUGUUGACAUGUAAAAGUAGCAAACUCGAGGAGAAUUUUCUUCCUGAGUUUGAUUCAUCUCCAAGAAUGUGUGGAUCCCAAAGGGGAGGAAGCAAGCCAACAGAUAGUUAUUCAGAGGAGGAAGAGGAUGAUAAUUCUAAAGGGAGAACGAACCCUGAUAGUAAUCACAACCACACGAGGAGUGAGGACACUAAUUUGAACGCACGAAGUGGUGAAGAGGAAGAAAGAGAUAAUACCUUCCAACUAAUCUACCAGUCGAACAUCUUGCAUGUUCAGAGCGAAUCGGAGGGUAGUUACACAGAGAAGACAAAUGAAAAAAAAACAAAAAAGGAAAUGAGCAAAAGUAGUAAGAAAAGGAGAUUAUCCAAGAGGAAGAUGAAGAAUGAGGAAACCCUCCAAAUGGUAGAUAAUUUCUCCCCAUUUAGGAAAGGAUCAAGAAAAAUACAGUAUGCCUGGUUACACCUGAUUAACAAUUAUAUUACCUUCUUCAUCCCACGUCUAACUGUCAAGCAUAACAGACUUACCGAUCUGGAGAGAGGCUUCGUAGAAGCGGUCGAAUGCCUACACAGCUACAUCCAGAAGAAGAAAAAACUUCUUCAGCACAAGGAACUUUUUAACAGCAAUAAACUGAGGCAUAUAAAUUGUGGGGAUAUUUUCAGAGAAAUAUUUAAAGAGGACGAAGUGGAAGACUCAGGGGAAGGAAGGGUGGAAGACUCAUCGGAGGGAAGGAUGGAAGAGGUGAAGACACCUCACUCGUACAGCAGUUUAGAUGACUCCUCGGAAGAUCUUACUAUGAUCCAGGAACGGCUUACCUCUUCCCCGGAUGAGUAUUUUUUUUGGAAGAUGCUAAAAAGGCUAGAUAAGGAUAUAAACAGGUAUGCCCCAAAAUAUAGCAACCUAGGCCACCCUUAUAGUUACGAAAUAAAUGACAUGAUCAAUCGCUACCACGAAUGGGAUGAAAGUGUAUCCCCCUUCUUGAAGGUAAUUCCAGAACUGAAGAAACCACUGGAGUUAAGCGAGAAGGAGUGCAAAAUCAUUAGCACUGAAGGAGAACUGCUCGAAAUGGUACGUACUAUUAAAUCAAUGUGCACUAAAAUGUCUCUCUCCCCUGUGGUGAAUUAUAAGAACACCUACAGAGGCUUCACAUCUCUAAUUCUAGUGGGAACAGAAGAGUGUGAUUACAUCAUUGAUACACUGUACAUGUUUGAAAAGAUACAUGAACUAAACGAUAUAACUACAGAUCCGAAUAUCCUAAAAAUUCUAUACAAGUCGAAAAAUAUCAUACCAGUCAUGCAGAAGGAUUUCUCCAUCUACUUUGUUAACAUGAUCGAUAUUUCUGUAUGUUCAGAUUUUCUGAGCGUUAGAAAUUCCUUGCAUUAUUUGGUGCACAAUUACUUCCAUGUCAAUGUGAAUUCUGCUGGUAAUGGAUUAAAUGCUCUCACCAGACCAUUGUCUCCUGACUUGGUUUCUAAUUUGAGGAUGCCUUUCCACUAUCUGUACUACCUCUUCGAGUACGUCAAAACGGAUUUGUAUUUCAACUACAUAUUUGCACAAUAUCGUCGUCCAAACCACGCAGAAGGUGAAGGAGAAUGUGAAAUGGACACGGUGGAUGCGAUGGAUGGGUUGGACGCGAUGGAUGCGAUGGAUGGGAUGGACGCGGUGGACGCUAUUGACACGCUGGAACGACUACUCGACCAAGACCGUUCCCCCCAAAGGAACGUCUACGUACACUUUGAAAAUAUAAAAUUCGAAGACACAUCGGAAGAGGAACGAAAAUACGGUGAAGAAAUCAUCAGGAAAGUAUUCAGAGAGAGCAAUAAAAUGUGCCUGUUGGAAUACAAGGUAAAAGAUAUGUGUGAUGUGGAAAAGACAAAGGAAAAAAUCAAGACGAUUAUAAAGACGUCAAAUUAUAACUCCAACAGUUGUGAUACCUUAAUAGAAAAUAUAUUACUGUGGAGAGAAAAGCUAGCCAAAAAAAAUGACGAACCUCCCGACAGCAUAAUAAAUAUACACACCAUAAUUUCCAUUAUUUUAAAUAUGCCAACUUCGAUCUCGAGCUUAAAGAAUAAUAUCAUUCCCAUGUCUAAUCAGAUGUCCGAAAAUUUGGAGACUCUAUUUGAAAUAAUUAUCAAGUCGAAUAUGAAAAAAAAAACGAAUCCACAAUUUUAUAGAAAUUUUAUUCAAAAUGAGAAAACGGAAAUAUGUGACUGCAACAGUGAAGAGGAAUUGAAUUCCGUGCAACUCCCCUUCGCUAGGGAAAUGUCAGGGGGGGCAGGUGGAGAGUUGAUCGACGGGGUAGAUGAAACGAAUGGAAUGCUCAUUGUCCCACCGAAGAUGCAUUUUCAGAGCAUUUCGGAAGAGGCCCAACGUGAUGUGCAUUCUCCCCACGGUGGCGAAGACUACGGUGGAUAUAGCGAUGCUGAUGGUAAUGUUGACUGCGAUGGUGAUGACCCUUCCUAUGCCCCACGUGGUGAAUGCGACGGAUGCGGUAACGAACAGGAGGCGCACGAAGAGGGAGGAAAUCCCACAGCCAGUGCUCCUGAUCAGACCUUCACCCUGGAGAAAACAUUUUUUGGCCACGACCAAAGUGACGAAGAGGCUAACAAAAAAUGUAAAAACAUUGACAGCAGAAACGCAAAAUAUGAGAACUACGCUUUGCUGUCUUCCCUACUUAGCUACGUCAAAGAGAAGAACCAGAAAAUGUGUAAAACUUCUGAGCAUUCUGAUGAGAGGGAUGAAAAUGUGAAGACGGAAGAAGAUGGUGCACACAUGCAGAAGCAAAGGACCACUUACAAAAGUGUGAAAAGGCAACUACCCAAAGACAUUGCUAAGAACAAUUCUGGCCCCAAAAAAAUCAAACAAAUACAACACCAGUCAUACAACCAGCAGUAUAACAUAAAGAACAAAAAGGGACUGUACUCCAAAAACAUUUUAAGCGAAAUGAACAAAAAAUGGAAUAGCUAA